GUAAAAUUAGUCCGUGAUCCCAACAGAAUAAACAUUCAUCUGCAUACCUACUCUACUACUACCUACCUUGUACUUGUACAUAACUGCUACUAUUUCUUGCAGAGUCGGUGAACUUAUAUUUGGUUAAGAUCUUAAAAUACAAUGGAUUCAGCGUUACGUGAACAAGUUAUGAUAAAUCAAUUUGUGCUGGCAGCGGGAUGCGCUCGCGAACAAGCAAAACAAUUACUUCAGGCUGCUCAUUGGCAAUUUGAGACUGCCUUAUCAAUAUUCUUUCAAGAAGUUGCAAUACCAUCAGGGGCAAAUGGUAUUGCUGCACAACAUUACCACCAGCAAUUAAUAACUCCGUGUAACACUCCAGCGACGCCACCGAACUUUCCAGACGCGUUAGCAGCGUUCUCCCGUCUGUCGACAACGGGCAGCCCGAGCAACGCCGGUGGCGGGGGCAGCGCCAUGGCGCCGCCCGUGUCCCCGCUCGCCACACACCCGCCGCCGCACAACCAGCACACUCCGAUGCAAGUCAACACCUUCCAGAGUCCGCCCAAUCCGCAGAAUAAUUAUGCACCGCUUUCGUGCUCAACUGCAGUAUGCAGAGAACAUAUGCCAAGAUAAAUUGAUAGUGACAGGUUAGGACCGUCUAUAAUUUAUUUUUCUAAUGGUGCGCAUUGUGAGCUGUGGACUUGUGAAUGUUUCUUUCCGGACGCCCCACUGCACCAUGUUUGCUGGACAAUAUUUGGGGUGCUAUAGUCAAUCAUGUUAAACAUUAAAAUAUUCUCACUGUUUAUAUAGUGGUUUCUAAAACAAAAUGCACUAUGUAUAAAUAUGAAUUGUGUUACAGUUUUUGAUACCUAAUCAAAAUCUUUAUUACCUGUGAUUAAAAAAGUUUUGGUAUCAAUAAUAUGUAGUGGUAUAAAUGUAAUUAUUACUGUAUAAUAUAAAAAAGAAGGAAAUCAAUGUAAUCUUUAUUUGACUUCUCUUAUUGGUGUCAUCAUUCUUAUCUUUUUAUAGACCUAUCAUAUGUAAAACUUGAUACACUGUUGUUUACUAGAUAUAUUACUGAUGACAUCACAUUAGUAACGAUGCAGUUUAGUACAGAACAAUAUAAGGGAAGAAAAUCGUUCAGUAAUAACUAUGAUUAUUGUACAUAAUCAUCCCAUGAAACCUGUAUCACUUUUAAGGUGAAGCUUGUUUUGAGAGCAAUUGGUCUUAUUGAGUAACAAUAAGACCAAGUUACUAACAAAGGGUUCUAAUUAUAGAAACCUAUUACUAUACCACUGCUACUGUACUUAAUAUAGUAACAAUUGAGGACAAGUUGCUGUUAUUCUUCCUUCACUUGGAUGUAUUUGGUAAAGUAAGUAUUGGUUAUAAAUACUUUUUGGUUUUACUCCCAACAAGAAUGAAAGACUGUAUGUAGUUAUACAACACUAAAUAGACUCCUUUCAAUAACUACACAACAUUGAUAUGUAAUCUUUGGGGAUAAUAAGUACAUGAAUUAACAAAACUCAUCACAUACAUGGUAAUGAAAUAAUGUACUAAUAUCAUAUCACUUGGCAGAAUAUUUGAUACUAUAUAAUAAAAUACAUUUGUUAAAUUAAAGAAAUUUAUUAGGCUACAAAAUACAUCAUUUAUCUAUUGUAAUGGAUCUCCUUUUUAUUGACAUUAUUAUCCAUAGCAAAGGAAAACCUGUUAUAUGCUACUUUAGAACAACACUGGGAAUGACAUUUUAAAAAAGUUGUGAGUACAAGUAAUACAUUUAUACAACUAAUUAUAAAAUUUUGAUGUUAGAUUGGAAUCUAUAUAAUUGUGUGUAUUUACUCAUCCAAUGUCUCCAUUAUUUUAUUUGGUUCUAAAUUAUUUACAGACUCUUUAUCAAUAGUGGAUUGAUUAUAUUCACCUUUGUCCUGCAUUAUUAUUAUUUCUGAUUGUAUACAAUUUUUGAAUAUAA